GGUUGUCUUGUAUUGCUACAAAAUGACAUUGGAUGUUGAUGAUUCUGCAAUUAAUAAAAAACUUCAAAUACUUUCAACCGAACCUCAAGACAAUGUUAUCUCAUGGUUACAAAAUGACGGGAACAAAAACAUCCCAAAAGUUAAAAAAAUUGACCCUUUUCCCGGUAUCUGCAUUAAAACUUGGUCAGAGAGUGGAGACAAAAUUUUCAUAAAUUUGUGUCAUUCAAAAGAGAUAGUCCCACCAGAAGAUAUAUCAGAUGAGAAAUUUCGAGAGUUAAUGACUCAGGAUGUUCCUUCAUUUGUUAUUCCUAUGGCCAUUGGGACAGAGAAAAUGGCUAAAGAUAAACAGGAUAUUGAAAGAUCUACUUAUGACAUUUUGAUAAAUACAAAAUAUUUUGACAAAUGCAGGCAAAAAGGGCAUUUUUUGCGAUUUACUGUUGCUGCGAUUUUGGAAUCAAUUAAUGAUAAAUACAAGCAGUCUAUUGAUGUCUCAAAGUAUGUCAUCCUACAAAAUAGAAAGGUCAUGGGCUAUCUGGAUACAUUUACUGUUGAGGACAGGGAAGCAAAAAAACCCGUUGUUAAGAAACCUCUUAUUCAAGUCAUUGAUAUUCCUGAAGAAACACAGAAUAAACCAAAAAUCACAGAUUCUAAUAUCAAAUACCACCCAAAAGUGAAUAAUUUUGUUAUUCUGAAGUCAUCCAGUGAAAAUCAUUUGCUUGGAUUAUUUUAUUUGCCUUUAGCACAUUUAACUGAUAUAACAGUGGAUAUAGGAGGGAAUCGUAUAAUUGUUGAAAGUAAAAGAACCGAUGUCAUUAUUGAUACUUUAUUACCACAUUCCAUCGAUGACAGCCAUGUGUCUGCGAGUUUCGACAGCAAAUUACAUAUUCUUCGCUUAAUGAUGCCUUUAAACGGCAAGUCAUAAAAAAUUGAAGUAUUCAGAGAUGUUUCAAGUUUACUAACUUAAAAUUAUAAGUGUAAAUAUUAAGUAAUUGAAACAAGUAAUGAGUAUAUCAAAUAAUAACAUUUGUAAAAUAUUGAUACAAAAAGUUAG